AUGGCUCACAUUCACUCCCUUGUGAGCCUGUGUCUUAUCAUAUAUAUCAUCGUCUGCUUUGAGGUUUGUGGUUUUUGUUUUGCUUGCGAAGACGCAAGACCCAAGGCUCAAAUGAUCAAAAGUUCAAAAACAUUAAAUCAAUAUCGUGCUGGGCACUUGACAACAAUUUGGUGUUUAACGCUCAAUGGUGACCUGGCAGACUUAUGCGAAUUCAUCUGCAACAAGAUACCUGUAUAUUGCGAAAGACAUAUGAUCCAUAUUCAUGCAGCACUUCAGGGUAUUCUCGGCGUGUAUGUUAAUCUGCCGCAUUACGUUAUCGUCUGA